GAAUUUACUCGUCAUUUUGAUCUUGAUCGCUCGCUUUAAAAUAGAAUUUGGUACCUAUGACUGUGGGUUAAUACACAUAUAAGGUGAAAUAGUGUCACUCCACGACAUUCAUCCUCUUUAUACAACUAAAUGUUUUUUUCAACAAAAAGAAACUUUUCAUUUGAACAAAUUCCUGAUUUAAGUGGAAAAGUUGCCAUCAUUACUGGUAGCAACACUGGUAUUGGUAAAGUAUGUGCUUUAGAGAUGGCAAGAAAGAAUUGUACAGUUGUUUUGGCUUGUCGUAAUGAAGAAAAGACAAAGGCAGUGGUUGAACAAAUUAAAUCAGAAACAGGAAACCAGAAUGUAGAGUUUAUUCGGAUUGAUUUAUUAGAAUUAGCAUCUAUUAAACAAUUUGUUGAACAAUUCCUUACUCGUCACGAUCAACUUCAUAUUUUAAUUAAUAACGCUGGUGUUAUGUGUUGUUCCUUUGGUCUUUCAAAAGAUAAUAUUGAGAUUCAAUUCGCUACAAACCACGUUGCUCAUUAUUAUUUGACUAGUCUACUUUGGCCUACAAUCGUAAAGUCAACACCUAGCUGUCGUAUUGUGAAUGUGAGUUCGAUUGGACACAUGAUACCUUUCAAGGAGUUGAACUUGGAAUCUAUUAGUGAUCCAGCAAAAUACAAUAAAAUAAUCCAUUAUGCAAAAUCGAAAACAUGCAAUAUUCUUUUUACAAGGGAAUUAACUAAGCGUUUACAAGAUAAAGACAUUAACAAUGUUUAUGUGAACUGUAGUCAUCCUGGUGCUGUCAAAACUGAUCUUUAUCGUCAUUUGACUCGAAUUGAUGAAAAAACAUUUGUCUCUUUUAUAAACUUAUUUUUGAUUACCCCUGAAGAUGGAGCUAUAACUCAGCUUUACUUGGCCACAAGUCCAGAAGUUGAACAAAAGGAUAUUAAAGGACACUAUUAUGUUCCUUAUGCAAGCCCUAAUAAGCCUUAUGGUGUUGCUGCUUCAAAAGAUGCUCCAAAAGAAUUAUGGGAUUUUACUGAAAAAUUAUUAAAGGAGAAAGUGCCUGACUAUACAGGCUUUCCUAUUUAAAAUUUAUUUAUAGUGAUACAUCAUUACA